UAUGUUUUUUUUUUAAAUUGUGUGUGAACCCCACAAGACGUCCUGUUUGAGGAAAGGGUGUUGUAUGAUCAGGGCCAAGGUGUCUCUACUUUUUGCUUCUUCUUAGGGUUGAUUUAGGGUUUUCUUAUCCCUUUUUCUCUGAUGGGGUUUCGUGUCAAGCGUUUCUUGUUCUAUAGCCUAUUCUAAUCUUGGGGAAUUUUUGUAGGAAACCUUUUGUGGAGGAUAACCCAGAUGCCAAUCAUCAUUUGGGAAUUAUAGUUCUCGUCAACAGCGCAACCCUUUUUGUUAUUUGGGUUGUUUGUUUCUAGGGUUUGCUCAUUGUGGCUUAAUUCUGCUCUUGAAACAUGGGUUCUAGGCAGAGCAUCGUUGUUCAAGACCACAAUGUUGACUGCGAGCAACGCCCAUUUCACCACACAGCCCUCCAGGAUUUGCAUUUCUGUCACGGUUUGGCUCAACUCGUUUUGUAUUUCGCUUAGGGCUUCUUGCAAACACGUGGGCUGCGUUUGGAUUUCUUUGUUUAGUCGGUUGAUUGUGUCCUGAAACAUGGGCUGUGUCCAUGGAAAGUGCUGUAGUCGUUACCCACCAUCAUCAAACGGUGAUUCCCGGGACUACCGUGAAAGGGGCCGGUAUGGUGGAAGGCACAUAAUCUCAGACAGGUUGUUGGAGUGUGUUGCUGUUCCUUCUCAUAACUUCAAUUUGGAGUACUCGGUCCUAUCGCAGCGUGGCUACUACCCUGACUCGCCAGAUAAAGAAAAUCAAGACAGUUACAUCAUCAAAACAGAAAUUCAAGGUAACCCCAACGUCCAUUUCUUCGGGGUAUUUGAUGGCCAUGGGCAAUUCGGUGCUCAGUGUUCGAAUUUUGUUAAGGACAGGUUAGUAGAAGUACUAUCAAAUGAUCCCACAUUGUUAGAUGAUCCUGUAAAAGUUUAUAAUUCAGCCUUUUUAGUGACAAAUUCCGAACUACACAAUAGUGAGAUAGAUGAUUCAAUGAGUGGUACAACGGCGAUUACGGUCCUUCUUAUUGGGAAUACCCUUUUUGUUGCAAAUGUGGGUGAUUCAAGGGCUGUGAUUGCAGUUAAGGAGGGGAAUCGAAUUAUUGCAGAAGAUCUGUCUUAUGAUCAGACACCAUUUAGAAAAGAUGAAUAUGAUAGAGUGAAGCUUUGUGGGGCCAGGGUUCUGAGUGUGGAUCAAGUGGAAGGCCUUAAGGACCCAGAUAUUCAAACAUGGGGUGAUGAAGAAACUGAAGGAAGCGAUCCUCCAAGGUUGUGGGUACAGAAUGGUAUGUACCCUGGGACUGCAUUUACAAGGAGUGUAGGAGAUGGUACAGCUGAGAAAAUUGGUGUGAUUGCUGUUCCUGAGGUGUCAAUGAUUGAGCUUGCAUCCAAUCAUCUGUUUUUUGUUGUUGCAAGUGAUGGGGUUUUUGAGUUUCUCUCCAGCCAGACCGUUGUCGAGAUGGUGGCAAGAUAUCCAGAUCCUAGAGAUGCAUGUGCAGCCAUUGCUGGAGAAUCAUACAAACUGUGGUUGGAGCAUGAAAAUCGAACUGAUGAUAUAACAAUCAUCAUUGUACACAUUAGAGACCUAUCUGAUUCAGGUGCCAAUACCACGGCUAUUUUGAGGACAGGAAGAGGAGGAACUCCUGAUGUAUCCAUUACUACUGGGUCAGAAGUUUUUCAUUCAACGUGAUUGAGUCAAAAAGAAGUUGAAGUUGACUCAAAUUGCCCUGUUUCAUUUGCCUUGAAAUGGUACAAUAUCCACGUCUUGGAAUUUGAUUUGCUUUUAAGAACCAAUCAAAGAAUGUGUUCAGGGAGACUACGUGUAACUAUUUGCAUUCAAUCCUUCAUUUGAUCUCACUGGACCUUCUUUUAAAUUGAUAGGGGGUGAAGGCAAAAUAAAAUAGGGAAAGAAAGAAUAAGAAAGUAAGUUGGAGAAUUGAGCAUCUUUAUUUUUUCUCAGAAUACUGAACUACUUUUGACAGGGAACAUGGAACAGGAAGGAGGUUGUUAUUGUAGGCUACUGGGGUUGGAAGCAUUCUGUUCCUGCCCAUACCUAUCUACUUAUUUGGCUGAUCUCCACACUACAAGUCCAUGUUAAAUUUCUGAUGACACAGAUCUUUUAACUAUACAAGUUGGCUUUAAGGUUAUUCUGCAGCCACUGGCUUGCACCUGCUAACAUACAAAAGCUGGGACCCAUGGAUCGUGAGAUCAGAUAUGAGCACAGAUACGAUGAUGUUUCCUCUAGAUCAGAUUUAGGAAGAACAGAUUUCAUAAUGUGUUUAGCUGCAAUGCUUAACCAUGUCUAUCCACAAAUAGUUAUGAUUUAAAUCAGAGAUGUACUCUUGGGACUGUUAAUUUCAUUCUCAAUCUUAUAUAUAGAAAUAUCAAUUUCAAUGGUUCAAA